AGUGGUGAACUUUUCUUCAAAACAGAAGAAUGAGAGUAUAUAGAUUGUUUAAGCUUCUUCUCUGGAAAAAUUAUAUCUUAAAGAAGCGCAUGUUUAUAUCAACCUUCUUAGAAAUCUUUUUGCCAUUGCUGUCUGCUGGAAUUUUAAUUGCACUUCGUUUGAAAAGCAAACCAGAAGCUCGGAAUUCUAUAAGAUACCCAUCUUUACCCAUUGAUGAUCUACCCAACGACUUUGUUAAAAUCUUUCCACCAGAUUUCUUGGAACUAUAUUAUGCCCCUUCUGAAAGUCAUCUUGUGAAGAUGCUAGCUACGAAAGUGGAAAAGUCCUUCGACUUGGAUGUAUUAGUUAAGCCAUUUAUCGAACCAAUUGAGGAAGAUACAAAGAAUGGAUUGACAUUUGCUACAAUUAUAUUUAAUGAUAUCAUUGGAAACAGAACUGAACGCCUGCCACUUAAUGUUGACUACCGCCUGCGCUUUCCCGUAUAUCAAAAGUUUUUUAUUCCAUCAACGAAAGGAGAUUGGGGAGAAUUGUUAAAUGGAUGGAAUACACACUUGCUUUUUCCAGUUUAUUCAGGUGCAGGACCCAGAGAAGUUAUUCAUGUUGAUGGAGGAUUGCCUGGAUAUUACCGAGAAGGGUUUCUGUCUCUGCAACAUGCUGUCAACAGAGAAAUCAUGCAGUACCAUAUGAAUGACACUGUGAUUCAGCAACAUAAGAAAAUCCAAAUUGUUAUGAAGAGGUUCCCGUUUCCAUCAUACAUGAAGGACCCAUUCAUUUCAAUCUUAGAGGAACAUUUUUCCAUCUUGUUAAUGCUGAGCUUCCUUUGCACCUCAAUUUUCAUCAUCCGUGUCAUUGUUCAGGAAAAAGAAAAAAAACUGAAGGAGUAUAUGCUCAUCAUGGGACUUAGAAACUGGUUUCAUUGGUGUUCAUGGUUUUUCAUGUACAUAGUUUUCUUCAUUAUGAUUAUCUCAGUUAUGACCAUACUCUUCUCUUUGAAGAUGAAUUAUGAUGUGUCAGUGCUCACAAACAGUGACCCAGCUUUGGUGUUUUUCUUUCUAUUCUGUUUUGCCAUUUCCACCAUUUCCUUCAGCUUUAUGAUUACUGUGUUCUUCACUAGAGCUAACUUAGCAGUUGCCACAGGAAGUAUUAUCUAUUUCUUCUCCUACCUUCCAUUCUUUUAUAUCAAUAAAAACAUCUACAGUAUGACUCAUUAUAUGAAGACAAUUUCCUGUCUCUCUUCAAAUGUUGCCAUGGCUUUGGGAGUAAUGUUCAUGAUCCAACUUGAAGGAAAAGGUUCAGGUGUUCAGUGGAAACAUGUGUCAAAGGUAUCCAUGUUUAAGAAAUUCGGCUUUGGGGAGGUGCUGAUAAUGCUGCUAAUUGACAGUAUCUUAUAUGGCUUAGUGACUUGGUAUGUGGAAGCUGUCUUUCCAGGACAAUAUGGUAUACCUCAGCCUUGGUACUUCUUCAUUAAGCCCUCUUAUUGGUCUGGAAAGCCAAGUAAGACUAAAAAGGAAGAAGAGAUAAAGAAUGAUUUUGGUACAUCUCAGAAAAACCAUUAUAUUCAGGAUGAACCUACAGACUUGGUUGCAGGAAUAAGAAUUCAUAAUCUAUGCAAGGAAUUUAAAUCAAAGAAUAUCAUGAAAAUGGGAGUAAAAAAUUUGACAUUGAACAUCUUUGAGGGGCAGAUCACUGUGCUUCUUGGACAUAAUGGAGCAGGGAAGACUACUACCUUGUCCAUACUGACAGGUCUUUUCCCUGCCACAAGUGGAGAGGUAUAUCUCAGCGGGUAUGAGAUCUCAAAGGACACAGAUCAGAUCCGGAAAAGCCUGGGCUUUUGUCCACAAUAUGACAUUUUGUUUGAUCUCAUGACUGUUGCUGAACACCUUUAUUUUUAUGUUCAGCUAAAAGAAUUAGGUGAUAAAAAUUGUUCUGAGGAAAUCAAUUCUACCUUGAAUAUUCUUAAACUGGAGAAAAAGCGCAAUGUGAUUUCAAAGAACCUGAGUGGAGGAAUGAAGCGCAAGCUCUCCAUUGGCAUCGCACUCAUAGGAGGAUCUAAGGUAGUGAUGCUUGAUGAGCCAACAUCAGGUAUGGAUCCAGUUUCACGGCGAGACAUUUGGGACCUCCUUCAAAAUCAGAAAAGUAACCGCACUAUUCUAUUGACUACCCACUUUAUGGAUGAAGCUGAUCUUCUGGGAGACCGCAUUGCCAUCCUGGCAAAGGGGGAACUGCAGUGCUGUGGCUCUUCACUUUUCCUCAAACAAAAAUUUGGUGCAGGAUAUCAUAUUAUCAUGGUGAAGGAGAGUCAUUGUAACAUAAGUAAUAUUGAAAAUCUGAUUUAUACACAUAUACCAAAUGCUUUUAUGGAGAGCAAUAUGGCAGCUGAGUUAUCAUUUAUCCUGCCUAAAGAAAAUGUAAACAGAUUUCAAGCUUUGUUUGAAGAAUUGGAAGAGAGACAAGCAGAGUUGGGCAUCUCUAGCUUUGGAGCUUCUGUCACCACUAUGGAAGAAGUCUUCCUUAGGGUUAGCAAAGAAGUCGAUUCCAGCAUAGAUCUCCAGACCAUCCAUUUUCCUUCUAAACCAGACCUGCCCACUCUCAAAUCGAAGAAGCAGACAGAUCUCCCUGCCUCCUUCAAGAAGCACAACUUUAAAAAGUCAGACAGCUUUGAGUACAGAAUCUCACAGUUGAAGCUUCAUUGCCAGAAAUUCUACGCCAUGUUUAUUAAGAAGGUACUAUUCUCUUGGCGCAACAAGAAGAUGAUGUUAGCACAGGCAAUGGUACCUCUGAUUUGUGUCAUAUUAACUAUACAGCUUUUAAAAAUGGGUAGUUGGGAAUCGACAAGACCCAUGUUACGUUUGACUCUGAACCAGUAUGGCCAUACAAUUGUGCCUUUCUUCAUCCCCGCAACUUCGAGGCUGCAUCCCAAACUCUCAGAUCAUAUUGCAAAUGUUAUUCAAGCUGAGGGACAUAUGCCAAUGGAAAGUGUAGAUCCUAUAGAAGAUUUCCUGAUACUAAUGGCAACAGAGGAAUCUGAUACCUUCGAUGAAAACUAUCUUGUGGCAAUGUCCUUUCAUGAUGAGGGAGAACGAACAGUCAUCACUGCUCUGUUCAAUAAUCAGGCUUACCAUUCUGCUCCCAUGGCCUUGUCAGUGGCGGAUAAUAUUGUCUACAAGUUGUUUUUUGGCUCCAGAGCUUCCAUUACAGUCACCAAUGACCCUGAACCUCUACAUACUUCAGACUCUGCUUUUGACAAAUUAUAUCAGGGUCCUAAGGGACAUUUUCUUUCUAUUGCCUUGAUUUUUGGAGAGUCAUUCAUAAUCAGUUCAUUUGCUAUUUUGGCAAUCAGUGAGAGAACCAUAAGGUCAAAACAUAUCCAGUUUAUCAGUGGAAUCUCUAUAGUUCAUUACUGGCUCUCUUUCCUGUUGUGGGAUUUAAUCACCAUCUUCUUUAAUGCUUUGCUAUUAUUGGCGAUCCUAAAAAUUAUGGAUGAAAAAGCUUACAUUGAUUCCGGUCAGACUGAAGCUACCCUUUUGAUAUUAAUGCUGCAUGGUUGGUGUGCCAUCCCUAGCAUGUACCUGAUGAGCUUCCUCUUUUCUGGUCCUACUUCUGGGUGUGCCAAGCUCAUACUUCUGAACAUUGUUUCAGGCGUUAUUCCAUUCAUCGUUAUCUCUAUCACAGAGGCUAAAGAACUUGGCCUUCUAAAUUUGAACAAAAAAAUGGAUAUUAUAUUCCAGAUACUACCAAAUUAUAACCUAGCAAAGUCUUUUUCCAAUUUGUAUUAUAACUAUCAAAUCAAAAUGUUGUGUAAAUUUUUGGAAACUGCAGGGCGAAAGUGCCGAAAAUUGAAUACUGCACCUGAAAAUAUCUACUCAUGGAAGCAAUUUGGGAUUGGAAAAUAUUUGACCUCCAUGGUUAUAUCUGGCUUUAUUUUUUUUCUGCUCCUUUUCUUCAUUGAGACCAACUUCUUCUGGAAACUGAAAAUCUUUCUCUAUAAGAUCUUUGAGAGAAAGAAAUUGUCACAGGUGCAAACUGAUUCACCUUUGCUUUACGAAGACCCAGAUGUGGAAAAUGAAAGAGAACAAAUCCUGAACUCACUUCAACAGUUGCUGAUGGCCACCCCUUUAAUCUCUAAAGAACUCACAAAGGUAUAUAGCCAUAGGCUGAAACCUGUCAUUGCUGUGAACAAAGUCUCUUUCACAGUCCAGAGAGGAGAGUGUUUUGGGUUGCUAGGCUUCAAUGGAGCUGGGAAAACCUCCAUUUUCAAAAUGCUGACUGGGGAAAUCGUCAUCACAGAUGGAGAGGCCUUUAUCAACGGAAAGAGCAUCCACAGUAACCUCAAUGUGCUGCAGGGAGAAGUCAGCUACUGUCCUCAGUCCGACGCCCUGCUGCAGCACAUGACAGGACGGGAAACUCUAACCAUGUUUGCCCGGAUAUGGGGCACUCCCGUGAGUCAGAUCAAGUGGCACGUGGAAAGCGUGAUGCACAACCUGCUGCUGAUGGCCCAAGCAGACAAACUUGUAAAAAACUACAGUGGCGGCAACAAGCGAAAGCUGAGCACUGGAAUUGCCCUUCUCGGGGAUCCUUUGAUUGUCUUCCUGGAUGAGCCAUCCACUGGGAUGGACCCUGUGGCUCGGCGGAUGCUCUGGAACUCAGUGACAGAGAUGUGUCAGAGGGGCAAGGCCAUUGUCAUUACCUCCCACAGCAUGGAAGAAUGCGAAGCGCUGUGCACCAAGCUGUCCAUCAUGGUGAAUGGAGAGUUCAGAUGUCUGGGCAGCCCACAGCACCUUAAGAGCAAGUAUGGGAGUGGCUACACCCUACUGGCCAAGAUUAAAGACUUCACUCCUGAAGAAGAAAAGAUAGCAAUCGAGACAUUCAAAACAUUUGUGAAAGACACCUUUCCAGGCAGUAUCCUGAAGGAUGAGCACCAAGGAAUGGUCAACUACCACUUGCCUAAAGAGAAUCUCAAAUGGUCAAAGGUAUUUGGCAUCUUGGAAGAAGUCAAAACUCAGUAUAAAUUGGAUGACUAUUCCAUAAGUCAAGUCUCACUGGAACAAAUCUUCUUGAGCUUUGCCCAUUUACAAAAUGCUGGGAAAAAAGUUUGAAACCUAAAGAGCAGCCUAUGGUACUUUUAUCUCUUUGCCACUGCCUUCCCUAUCUCAUUGUUUUAUAUAGAGAUAGCAAUCGACACUGUAUAUUGCGUUCCUGCAUAUAAAAAUGAAUCUCAUUGUUUUAUAUAGAGAUAGCAAUUGACACUGUAUGUUGCG